CCGGCCCGCCGGACCCCCCGUCUCUCCCCGCCCCGCCGCCCCGAGCCCCCCGGACCAGCCGCCAGCGCCCGCCCGACACGGGGCGCCCCGGGGCCGGACAGCCCGAGGCCGGGGGCAAGCCGAGCUCCCGGGCCAGGCGCGAGCCCAGCGCGUCCCGGCGGCCGGGUCACCAUGCUGAGGAUGGCCAUGAAGAUCAAAGCCCGGGUGGUGGACGGCGAGAGGAAGACGGCCGCGGCGGCUGCCGAGGCGGCUGCCGAAGCUGCCGCGGCGGCUGCGGCGCUGGCCGGGCCGAGGGAGGCGUCCGGCCCGCGGAGGAGCGCGGGCGCCGCGAAGCCCGCCGCGAAGCCGCCCGCGAAGCCCGCCGCGAAGCCCGCCAAGACCUCCGCGCCGCCGCCGCCGCCGCCGCGGGACGCGCCCGCCGCCGCCGAGCGGGCGCUGAGCGACAAGGAGCGCCGCAAGCUGGAGAAGAAGCGGCUGGAGCAGCGGCGCAAGGAAGAGAAGAAGCGGGAGAAGGAGAUGAAGAAGUUGGAGAAGAUGCUGAAGAAGAGGACCAAGAUGCCGCAGGUGCAGGCCGAGGCCCGCGGCCCCGGGGCCGACGAGGAGGACGAGGAGGAGGACGAGGACGCCGCCGCCGCCGCGGGGGAAGGCGCCGCCGGGGUCGGCGAGGGCGCCGCCGGCGGGGGCGCGAGUAGGGCCUGGGCGGCGUGGGACACGGACUCGGGGGACGAGGACGACUACUACGCGGCCCCCGCGGAUCGGGGGCAUCGUGUGGCGGCCCGGGCCGCUCAAGGCCGGCGCGCUGAGCGCCCACCUGCCCCUCGUGGUGUUCCUGGUGUUCUCGGUGCGCAGCCCCUCGUGGGUGCUCAACUUCCUGCUGCAGAAGCGCACGGAGCAGGGCCGCGGCUGCGGCUUCGUGUUCGGGGCGACCUGCUGCUUCCGCGUGUUCCUGGGCUGCGCCUUCUUCUCCUUCCUCAGCGGCCGCGGCCGGCGCCGGGGUCGCGGGCGCCCCGGGGGGGCCCACGGCGCCUUCGGGGGCGGCGGCCCCGGCCCGGGCGCCCGGCGCCGGGGGCGCGGCGAGAGGCUCAUCUAGGCCCCCCGUCCCCACCCCCACCCCCUCGCCACCAUCGCCACCAUCGCCACCACCGCCACCCCCCCGUCCGCCCCCAGACACCAGACGCCACCAUCGCUGUGCAGUGUGGAGUUUUAUUAGUACUCGUGUGUGUGUGCGGCCACGUUUUCCUUUUCGGUUGCUCCGCGCUUGGGUUCGUGCUGGCCUGGCUGCCUUUCCACACGCCCCGCUCUCUGGCUCGCUCUCUAUCUCUCUCUCUCUCCUUUUCGAAAUUUUCCUAAGUCCGGGCUCGGGCUCGCGCUCCCUCCCCUUCCGCCCACCCCGGCCCCUUGGCGGCGCCCGCGGGAGGAGGGGGAGCGGCGGCCCCCGGGGCCGCGGGGUGACACCCGGCCCGGGGGUGGAGCAUGGGCGUCGUGCGAGGGG